AUGGGCGCCAUAAAGAAGAAAGGCAUGGCGCGAGAUGAUUUCAAUGUCGGCAUUGAAGUGCUGGUCAAGAAUAAGGCCCGUAUUGAGAUGGUAGUUCUUAAUGCAAUCCUUGAUCUCACUGUCGACGCCGAGGCAGUCAAUCAUAUAAUGAACAUGAGAGAGCCACUUGAGAAACUCAAGGUCGAGUUCCUCGAGUUUCAAUCAAUGAUUAAUAAGGCUCUUCCUCCUUUACCAUUUUCAGAGAUGACUUGGAAGUCAAUUUACGUUGCUCAAGGCAUUAUUGUUGACGGGGAACUGAGCGAUGAUGACGAGGAGGAGGAGGAGGAGGACGACGAUGAUUACAGCGACGCAGGCUACUACACGCAGUGUUCAACGAGCUCAGCGGCUAGCAGCUUGGUGUCUGACGUGCCCAUCCAAGGCUUCGGCAGCAUCGAAGAUCCCAUCGUUCUCAGUCCCGUUGAACUGCCGCUCCUGACAACUUACGAGGACAACCACAGCAGCAAGGAGCGACUAUCAAUCUUCUCGAACGAGUUCUUUGAGAUUCGCAGAUCCCCUACGGCCGGCUGGGGCGCCUUCGCUACCAAGAAGCUCCAUAGGGGUGAACAGAUCAUGGUAGAGAAGGCUUUAUAUCACGCUUUCUACUCAGAUGUGACCAAGGCUGUCAAAUCUCUGCCGCAGAAGGAGCGAUUGGUUGCGAACGAUAUGUCCGCUUUUUCUAAUCAGGAAGGAGAGACAAAAGAGGAGGCCAUCUGGAGCACAAACGCGUUCACAGCUCGUCUCACCUCCAAGGAUGGUACUCAGAAGAACGUACCCGGUCUCUUCGCCAUUGCAGGCCGAUUCAAUCAUUCUUGCUCUCCAAAGAUUGAUUACAAGUUUCGCACUGAUAAAGAGCUCUUAGUCUUUACCGUGAGAGACUGGGAGAUUGAAAAGGGCGAAGAGCUAACCAUAUCAUACGGUCAAGUGCCGUCCGUGCUGUGGUAUAAGUACGGGUUCAUCUGCGAAUGUGGCUACUGCCGCAAGUUCGACCCGAAGCAGUCUGAAUGGUCUUGA